UGAAGUUCAUAAACUGCGUUAAUAACCAAGUACCUAUUAUCUAUUACCCACAGUUUAAUUGAUAAAAAAAGGCACCAGAAGAUUAAUUUAGCCGCGUUUGUAUUCACUAUUCACGCCGGAGUCCGGAACGAUGAAGAUCAAUGAACUGCGAAGAAAGUGUUGAUACGAAAAUGAUACAAUUUUGCGAUCGAGUAUUAUUUAUUAUUGUUAUGGUUAUAGCUACUGGUUCUCUCACAGUGUUCCUUUCCUUUCCCAUAGCCAUAGCCAUAGUGUUUAGCGAACGUUCCGUUAGGGCUCAGAAUGCAGUCAGAUUUUGAGACGGAGCACGCGCUGCUAAUGUCGUCAUUUGUCUACGGCCCAACACCGGUGAAAGUUUUCGGUUACAUGGUUCGCGAAAUUUUACCACUUUUACGUAAUUAUUAUUAUGGUGUCGUGCUGCUGAAGCUGAAAACUUGAAAAGCUGCGAAUAUGAGUGAUAAGCUUUUGCUGACUACAGAUAUGGUCGCUUCUAAUGAUAUCCUCAAUCCUUUUAUACAUCAUUUGGAGCUGACUACGACGUAUGAUAAAAUAAGGACGGCUGUCUUUACCAUUAUAAUUUUACCCAUUAGAUUGGCCAUUAUUUCGGGAGUUUUGAUAUUGGCGUGGAUUUUGGCCUGUAUCGGACUUUACGGAUUGACUGAAGAAGAUCUCACCAAGAAACCUAUUACAGGAUGGAGACGCCUAACGAAGAAAAUAGCAAGCGUCAUGAUGCGCUUCAUGUGGUUGGUGGCGGGUUUCCAUUAUGUACCAAUUAAAGGAAAACAAGCUACAAGAAAAGAAGCUGCUAUUUUCGUAACAGCUCCUCAUUCGUCGUUUGUCGAUAUAUUACCUGUGGUGAAAAUAGGCGCGCCGACUGUCGUAGCUAAGAAAGAAAUCGGCCUGAUACCCAUUUUUGGAAAAAUAUUGAAUUUCACUCAACCUAUUUACGUUGGUAGAGAUGAUCCGGAUUCUAGACAAAAAACCAUACAAGAUAUCAUCGAUAGAACAACAUCGAAAGAAGACUGGGCUCAAGUAUUGAUAUUCCCUGAAGGAACGUGUACGAAUCGUUCUUGUCUAAUUACUUUCAAACCUGGCGCAUUUUAUCCUGGAGUUCCAGUACAACCUGUUUUAAUUCGUUAUCCUAAUAAAUUGGAUACAGUUACGUGGACGUGGGAUGGUCCUGGAGCAUUGAAAUUAUUAUGGUUAACAUUGACCCGGGCACAUAGCAAAUGUGAAAUCGAAUUUUUACCUGUUUACACUCCAAAUGAAGAAGAGAAAAAAGAUCCUAAAUUAUUCGCCCAUAAUGUACGAAACGUUAUGGCCAAAGCUUUAGGUAUUCCUACAUCCGAUUACACCUACGAAGAUUGUCGAUUAGUCAAAAAAGCCAAAGAAUUACAGCUGUUCCAGAAUUCCCAGCUUAUUCAUACUCAAAAGCUGAGGAUUCGUUUAGGCAUUACCAGACGAAAAGUCGAACUGCAGUAUCUGACUGCGAACCAAAAUAUUUUUAAGCCUGACCAAAGACAAUUUCUCAACAAACAGCAGUUCGUCGAGUUUCUCGGGAUACACGAUCACGGAGAUCACGAAUUGGAAGAGUUGUUUCAAAUUUAUUCCAUUCAUGAGAACGGCGACACCUUUAUAGACUUACAAAAAUACCUCCUGGCGGUUUUAUUAAUCGAGAAAUCUACCAGCAGAAACGAUAUGGUGCAUUUAGCCUUUGGUUGGCUGAGUAACAGCGUAGAUAAAAAAUGGUUCCAGUAUAUUAUGUCGUUAGUUCAUGGCAUGUCUUACGAUCACGCCGAAACCAUCUUCAACGAAAUAACGCUGAAAGAAAAAUCAACCAUCAAAUAUGAUGAGUACUUGACACACACUCGAAUGUAUCCAGAAACCAUCGAAGAUAAUAAUAACCAAAGCACGGUCUAUAUUCAUAAAAAAGACAACUGACAUUCGUCUAGACAACACGAAGAUGUUGAAAAAGCUAUCCUACCCGAGUUAACUGAUUAAACCCAACUUUCUUUCUCACUCGACGGUAUUUUUUACGAAAAUUCUUUCUCGUACUCGUAUAACGUGCUAUUCUGUGUGUCCAAUUAUUUUAGUGUGUUUAAUUAUAUGUACGACGACCUCAAUUUAAGAUGUAAAUAUGUACCUCGUUUUUGUUUUUAUAUGUUUACAAAUUUAUAUUAUGAUUGUAUUAUCUGCCUACCUAUACCUUUUUAUAAACGUCUUGAAUAAUUCUUCUAUGGACGACGAAGCACCUUGUCUGUUUGUAUGUAUGUAUGUGAUGAUUUUGUUGUGAUAGAAAUCAUAUUUAAUUCUCUGUUUUGUAUAUCGACAAAAUGUACUGCGUAAAGAUAGUCGUGUAAAGGUUUUACGAUGAAUAAGUUCCUAUUACCUAUUUUUUUCCUUUUUUGUUAAAGUUAAAGUGCAUUUAACGUUCACAUUAUACGGUGGAUAACGAAAUGCGCGAUUGUUACGUUCUUAUUAUUUAUUAUAUUCUAAUAUUCGUCAUCUUUACCUCGUUUGUUUGUUGUUUUUUCUUCUUAUUUUUCUUUUCUAAAUGUAUAUAUUCGUGAAAUAUAGUUUUGUUGUGAUUUAA